GAAUGCCAUUCAAACAAAGACUUUUUCCUUCCUUCCACACGACCAUCUUUCCCAUUCAAAGAUGCUCGUGUGUUUGCCGUAGGCCGGGAAACAUUCCUCAAUGAAUGGGAUGGACACGGCCACUAUCACAGAGUGUGCUGAAGGUGGACAGCUGCAUCCUGAGUAGCUGUUCAACUGUCGGGUGGGGGGCAUGCGGGUAUUGUAGAGGAUAUAGUAGAACGUGUGUGGAUUUGUGCAUCUGCUCCUCUGUGUUGUUUAGUGAGUGUGUACUGAAAGGAAUCUCUACUUCACUGCUCUUCACAGUGACUGGCCACAGUGAGGAGGGGGGUGGGGAGUGGUUUAAACUCAUGGUUAGCUAAUCAGAGAGGCCAUGGGCAGCUCAAACAAGUGGUUGGGGGCUUGAUGAAAGGCGAACACAUGCAGUCUGCCACCGGUAACCUAAGGGAAUGACACACUACCACUAAUUCCUGAUGGCUUUUUCUCCUCCUACCACUGAGAGGUAAUAAAAGGGAUCUUCAGAACCUCAAUAGGAUUGUUUACACUUGGAUGCGGUUGGGGAACUACCUCCAGUCAUUGAGAGGAGAUUAAGGAAAAAUCCAAGGAGUCAGAAUUGUACUAACUUUACUUUUAGACAAAUAACUCCACCAUGAAGUUGCUGAAUGUAGACUUACUAGUUUUAAGUUUCUGCCUUGGUCUGGGCAUGGGAUACAGUGCUGCUGGUAAGAGACAGUAUCAGAUCCAAAACGGGCCAUGUAGCUACACCUUCCUGCUGCCUGAACAGGACAACUGCCAAACCCAGAGCAGCAACUACAACUAUCAGAAGGAUGGCCCCGUGGACGACGAGUCGGCUCAGAGGCUGGAACAACUGGAGAUCACCAUGGAGAACAACACACAGUGGCUGCUUAAGCUAGAGAACUACAUACAGGACAGCAUGAAGCAGGACUUGGUCCAAAUCCAACAGACCGCUGUACACAACCACACAGCUACGAUGAUUGAAAUAGGAACAAACCUGCUGAGUCAAACUGCGGAGCAAACAAGGAAACUGACCAACGUGGAGGCACAGGUUAUUCAUCAUACAACUCGGCUUGAGCGUCGACUUCUCGAAAAUUCUCUGUCAACAAACAAGUUGGAAAAACAACUAAUUGUCCAAACAAAUGAAAUCAACAAGCUGAAUGACAAAAACAGCUACCUGGAGAAGAAGGUGGGGGAUAUGGAGGAGCAGAGGCAGGUGGAGCUGAAGAUGCUGCAAGAGGAAAAGGAGCAGCUUCAGACUCUAAUACAGAGGCAGACAGCCAUCAUAGGCGAGUUGGAGCAGCAGCUGCUCAAAGUCUCCUCCAACAACACUGUACUGCAUCGUCAGCAGCAGGACCUGCUGGAGACCGUGAAUAACCUCAUUCACACCAUCUCUGUUGGCUCAGCUCGAGAGACCAAACCUGUCAUGAUGCAGGACACUCCUCCUACCACAUUCAUUGACUGCGCUGCUGUCUUCAAGUCAGGAAACACCCAAAGUGGAGUCUAUAUCCUCACAUUACCCAACACUACAACAGAGGUUAAGGCUUUCUGUGACAUGGAGACAGAAGGAGGCGGCUGGACAGUACUACAAAAACGCUUUGACGGUCAUGUUGACUUUCACCGUACGUGGCAAGAGUACAAAAAGGGGUUUGGAGAACCUUCAGGUGAAUUCUGGUUAGGAAAUGAAUUUGUCUCCAGACUCACGAGUCAACAGUCAUACAAACUCAUGAUCCAGCUGAGCGACUGGGAAGGAAACUCUGGAUUCUCACAAUAUGACCAGUUUUCUCUCGACAGUGAAGCACAAAAUUACAGGAUACACCUUAAAGGCUACAGUGGAACUGCAGGCAAAAUAAGCAGCAUUGGGCAGCCAGGAAGUGAUUUCAGUACAAAGGAUGCAGACAACGACAAAUGUGUUUGCAAAUGUUCACAACUGACAACAGGGGGUUGGUGGUUUGAUGCCUGUGGUCCAUCCAAUUUGAAUGGGAUGUAUUACCAACAAGGCCAAAACUCAAAUCGCUUCAAUGGAAUCAAGUGGUACUAUUGGAAAGGCUCGGGCUACUCACUGAAAUCCACUACAAUGAUGAUCAGACCAAGAGAUUUCUCAGGUUCCGUUUGAACUGUCACUAUCGGAUUCAAAACAACGUGGGAAGUAAAUUCUGCCUGACAAACAGCAACAAACGGCAAAACCAAAAAAUUCUCAAGGGAGCCAAAGCACUUAUUGAAAAUAUUUUACAUAUCUUUGAAAAGACAUAUUUUGUGCAUGUUUAUGUGUUUAAUAAUUUGAAUCAAAUGGGUUGUUGCAAAGAAAGUGUGAAAUAUGGACUGUAAAAAUGAGAAAUAUCUAUAGUGAAAAUACUUAGGACUGUAGAUAACUUUAGGUUAUUAAUAACAGCUAGCUAACCAGACAGGAGAGGCCAGAUAAUGUGACAUUAAUUCAUAUAAAGUCUGAAUGAUUUUAUUGUAGUUUAAGCACCCUUUUAACUAUGUUUUAAAUAAUAGCUGCCUGGGUCAUUGUAAAAAAUCAAAAAAAGAAAGAGAGAGACUAUGGUACAACCUGCAGAUAAACAACUGGCUCAAAGUAAUUGUUAUGUGUUUCUGUUGAAUGCCUAAAAUGUAAAUGCAAAUGUAAAAACGUCACAGAACAAAUUUCUUUUAAGAUAAUGUUGCUCUUCUCAAGAGAAUGUAUGUACAUUUGUUGUUUAAUUUAUAUGUAGAUUUUAAGGUUUAUAUUUAACAUUAUUAUAUAUGAUGGAGAUUUGUUACAGAUAGUUAACGAUUUCAUUGCACAUAAACUAAGAGGAUUUCUUUUAAUAUAAUUCUGCAGUUUCCUUUGAAGCUACAGCAAACUGAAUUUAUGAGAAAGAUGUAUAGAUGAGGAAGCUGAAUUUCUCACCACUAAACACUGGCUUUAGAUUUUUCUUUAGAGUGUUUGACUGUGAUGCUUUUACUAGCUUUUAUAUAACGAGAGUUGAAUUUUAAAUACCACAAGGCAGAGAGCUGAGACACGUGCCUUAACUCUCAAGUCCACAAUAGUCCUGUUCUGCACCAUGAACUGCCUGGUGAAUGCACAAUUGUCAAUUAUCAUUUCUAGUACAAAAUAAAAACUCUACAUGCU